UGAAAAAUUAUUUUGAAAAUUAAUUUUUGCUGGGAAAAAUACUUGCACAAAGCAGAUUUACCGACAGAUAAACUGGAGAGGUCAGACUGAUGAGUUUACAUGCAAAUGCGGAGUUUUAAUAUGGAUGAGGCACAAACUACCACAGACCCAGAAGCUCCAGAGGAUAAAAAAGAUUCUGCUGAGUAUCUUAAAGGAAAUAUUGAGUUGCUUGCGUUGAUAAAACUUGCCAUUAGGAAACUUUUACAGAAUACCCCAAUUUUUCCUCAAAUAUAUUUAAAUCAACUGCUGAAAACGAUGGAAAACUCACCGGAAGCAAUUCGCCAGGUAGAAUCGUAUAUGCUUCAUUAUACAGAAGAAGGUGGGACCUUAGAUGCAGCUAUUGACAAUGUUCUUAAAAUUGUGGAAGUCAAGGCUUCACCGCAAAUAAAUUUGGAAAAAGUGGAUUAACUUUUUUAAUUAAAUGCUUAUUUCAAAUAA